AUGGAAAAGUUCACGUUCACCUUGGGCAAGCUGGACGCAGGAAUGGCCAUUCUCCUUGGUCCCAACGCCCAUCUUCUCGAGUUUCCCUCUCUCCUGCUUCCCUCCCCGUCUCCCGAUGACCCUCCGCUCGGCCCCGGCUCCAUCCUGACCAUCACGGUCGCUCGUGACCUCGAGGCCGAACGUGAGAGGGCCAACGCGUUUGACGCACUGCAAGAAUCCAUUCUUGAAGCGUACGGCGCCCGUGCCCCGGCCAACCCGGUCCUCAAGCUUCAGAAUGUCACCCAGACCAGCGUGUGCCUUGAGUGGGACCACCUUGAACUCGGAAGCGCGACGUUCCGUGGUCUUGAGAUGUACCGCAACGGCCAGCGUUGGGGUCGUAUCGGCGGUGAUGCUGGACCCAAGGACGAAGCGCGCGAGUGGAAAACUGGAGGUCUGCAGAGCGGAGAGGAGUACACCUUCCAGCUUGUCCUCAAGACCACUGCCGGGACGUACGCCUCCAACCUGAUUCGCGUUCGCACCCACACCAUGGACAACCUCACUGGACUGUAUAUUACCUUUGGCACAAUCCAGCCCCCUUCCCUUGUCAAGCAGCUGCGUGGCUGCCUGGAGGAGAUUGGUGCCCGUGAGGCCGCCCAGGUCCAGCUCGCCACCACCCACUUUGUCUGCACAUCGCCUGUCGCCGAGUCAUCUGGAGUCGCGCAUGCUGAUGAAGGAUACGAGAAGGCAAUGGCAGCCAAUCUGCCCGUUGUCGGCCCCGGAUGGCUUCUGGCCGUUGCGGCGGAGCGAAGACUCGUACCCAUUGCCAAUUAUCUGCUCCCUGCCCCGUCCGCUAGCCACUACUCGAGCACAGAUCAAGUGGUGAAUCAGAAGCGGGCGUCACUUCCUACAGGUGCUUCUCCCAGUGGCAGCAGUGGCCAACCGCAACAACAGCAGCAGACCUUGGUCAGGUCCCCAAGCCCGGAAACUAUUGCUCGAAUGAGCCAGACUGGCCCAGCCAUGAGCCCAUCGUCCCGCACCGAGUCGUUUGAGAACCGACGUGUCGCUCAAGACGCUCUCGCCGAGUCCGAGUCCAAGAACCCGCUUCAUGUCCGGCCCCGUAGCCCUCGGCCACAGUCCGACGGCCGCCUGGAUCGCAGCUUCAAGUUCCCUGUCGCUGGUUCCAACAAGAAUGGCCAGACGGACGUGAGCGAGUCGGAUGUGCCCCUCAAAUCGCCACCGAUGAGCACUCCAGUUGUCCACAUUCAAGCCCCAAGCACGGAUGGCCCCAUCUCAGCCCCAGUCGGUUACACGCCGGCCGAGGAGACUGAGCCGGUGAAGGAGGAGGCCGAGGAGGAUGUGGUCAAUGAGACCGUCACGGCGCCUGAGAUCCCCGAAGACGACCCGCCUUCGUACACACAGGAACAAGUCGAGGAAGAGACAACCAACGAGGAGCCGGUCAACGGGUCAACGCCCGACGAACCGACCAACUCAACGGUGGCCGAGGCCCAGCAGCCAGCUGAGGAAGCCCCAUCCGCUGUCGAAGAGGUUAACGACACCGAUACCAAGACCAAGGCCGCCGACGUGGAGGUGGAUACCGGUUCCCAGGAGCCAGAGGACGACGAUAAUGGCCAGAACAUGACCGAGGUGGACCUGAACUAG